UGGUGUGGAGAGCUAGUGGAAGAGUGACUGACUGUUACUGUGACUUUGUGUGCUCCCCACUUCACUCCCUUUUCAUCCACAAUGCUAUAUAUAGAUAUUUAUAUGCCAGCUUAAAGCAGAAUCCUCCCACUCUGUGUUUUCACAUUAAUGUUAGUAAUUUGAUGAGGCUGAGGCUGAUGAUGGAGGGCUUUGGACUCAGAAGAAGAAGUGCUUUUUAUGCCUUCAUCUUCUUUUGCUGCUGGGGAGUGAUUUCAGGAGCAGCAGAGUAUGCCAAGUACAAGGAUCCGAAGAAGCCAUUGAAUGUUAGAAUAAAUGACUUAUUAGGAAGGAUGACUCUUGCUGAGAAGAUCGGCCAAAUGACGCAAAUCGAAAGGGAAAAUGCAACAGCUCAAGUGAUUAAUAAAUACUUCAUAGGGAGUGUUUUGAGUGGUGGAGGUAGUGUACCAUCUCCUCAGGCUUCUGCUGGAACUUGGGUGAAAAUGGUGAAUGAGAUGCAAAAAGGAGCUAUGUCUACUCGUCUCGGAAUCCCAGUCGUAUAUGGUAUUGAUGCUGUCCAUGGACACAACAACGUCUAUAGAGCUACUAUCUUCCCGCACAACAUCGGACUUGGAGCUACCAGGGAUCCGUCACUUGUGAAGAAGAUCGGCGCUGCAACUGCUCUUGAAGUUAGAGCGACAGGGAUUCCUUAUGUCUUUGCACCGUGUGUUGCGGUUUGUAGAGAUCCAAGAUGGGGUCGAUGUUAUGAAAGCUUUAGCGAAGAUCCAAAGCUUGUCCAAGAAAUGACAGAGAUCAUUCCAGGUCUCCAAGGAGACAUUCCUGCAAAUUCAAGAAAAGGAGUCCCUUUUGUUGCUGGACAGAAUAAAGUUGCAGCAUGUGCAAAGCAUUAUGUCGGUGAUGGUGGAACACAUAAUGGUAUUAAUGAGAAUAACACGAUUAUCAGUCAGAAUGGACUGCUCAGCAUUCACAUGCCACCUUACUACAAUGCCAUCAUCAAAGGUGUCUCCAGUGUGAUGGUUUCAUUUUCAAGCUGGAAUGGGAUUAAGAUGCAUGCUAACCAUUAUCUAGUUACUGAUUUCCUCAAGAACAAACUUCGUUUCAGAGGUUUUGUGAUCUCUGAUUGGCAAGGCAUCGAUAAGAUUACCAGCCCUCCUCAUGCUAAUUACUCUUAUUCAGUUCAGGCUGGAGUUCAUGCUGGCAUUGACAUGGUAAUGGUACCCCACAACUUCACCGAGUUCAUUGAUGAUCUUACCUUCCAAGUCAAAAAUGGAAUCAUUCCAAUGAGUCGAAUUGAUGAUGCUGUAAGAAGGAUUCUUCGGGUGAAAUUCACACUGGGACUCUUUGAGAAGCCUUAUGCAGACCAUAGUUUAGCGGAUGAGCUUGGAAAAAAGGAACACAGGGAGUUGGCCAGAGAAGCUGUGAGGAAAUCACUAGUUCUUCUGAAGAAUGGAAAGCCCGGUAAUGCGCCAAUGUUGCCACUACCCAAAAAGGCAAAGAAAAUCCUUGUUGCUGGCAUUCAUGCUAACAACUUGGGCUAUCAAUGCGGAGGAUGGACGAUCCAAUGGCAAGGGCUUAGUACCAACAACCUCACAACUGGAACAACAAUUCUUGAUGCUGUGAAAUCUACAGUUGAUCAGAAAACUAAAGUCAUAUACUCUGAGAACCCUGACAACAAAUUUGUGAGGAAAAGCAGAGCCUCUUAUGCUAUAAUAGCAGUUGGAGAGCCCCCAUAUGCAGAGGGAUAUGGUGACAGCUUGAAUCUCACAAUCUCCAGCCCUGGACCAAAAAUAAUCAAGAAUGUGUGUGGCAUUGUCAAGUGUGUAGUCAUUGUGAUUUCUGGGAGACCAGUUGUUAUCGAGCCUUACCUCGACAUGAUCGACGCUCUUGUGGCGGCAUGGCUUCCUGGCACAGAAGGCCAAGGAGUAGCUGAUGUUCUGUUUGGUGAUUAUGGUUUCUCUGGUAAGCUUUCAAGGACUUGGUUCAAGACUGUUGAUCAAUUGCCAAUGAAUGUUGGUGAUCCUCAUUAUGAUCCUCUGUUUCCUUUUGGCUUCGGCCUCACCACUCAGCCAGUGAAACAAAACUAGUAAUUCUUGAGAAAAAGAAGAUAGAAAGCCUUCAAGGUUGAUCUCAGUGAGAGUUUGUACUACUAUAUAUAUGUGUGUGUGUGUUAGAAAUGACAUUCAUAAAGCAGAUGUAGUUCUGGUUUAUAUCAUCAUGCUCAAGAUUUCAGCAGAAAUUGAAGUUCUUUUAUUUGAUCAAUUAUAUAGAUACAUUUAGACCAA